AUGUAUGACGACUCCUACGUGCCCGGGUUUGAGGACUCGGAGGCGGGUUCAGCCGACUCCUAUACCAGCCGCCCAUCUCUGGACUCAGACGUCUCCCUGGAGGAGGACCGGGAGAGUGCCCGGAGGGAAGUGGAGAGCCAGGCUCAGCAGCAGCUUGAAAGAGCCAAGCACAAACCUGUGGCAUUUGCUGUGAGGACCAAUGUCAGCUACUGUGGCGUACUGGACGAGGAGUGCCCAGUCCAAGGCUCUGGAGUCAACUUUGAGGCCAAAGAUUUUCUGCACAUUAAAGAGAAGUACAGCAAUGACUGGUGGAUCGGGAGGCUAGUGAAAGAGGGUGGGGACAUUGCCUUCAUCCCCAGCCCCCAGCGCCUGGAGAGCAUCCGGCUCAAGCAGGAGCAGAAGGCCAGGAGAUCUGGGAACCCCUCCAGCCUGAGUGACAUUGGCAACCGACGCUCGCCUCCACCAUCUCUAGCCAAGCAGAAGCAAAAGCAGACAGAACAUGUUCCCCCAUAUGAUGUGGUGCCCUCCAUGCGGCCUGUGGUGUUGGUGGGACCCUCUCUGAAAGGUUAUGAGGUCACAGACAUGAUGCAGAAGGCUCUGUUCGACUUCCUCAAACACAGGUUUGAUGGCAGGAUCUCCAUCACCCGAGUCACAGCUGACCUCUCACUGGCAAAGCGAUCUGUGCUCAACAAUCCUGGCAAGAGGACCAUCAUUGAGCGUUCCUCCGCCCGCUCCAGCAUUGCGGAAGUACAGAGUGAGAUCGAGCGCAUAUUCGAGCUGGCGAAAUCUUUGCAGCUGGUAGUGCUGGAUGCCGACACCAUCAACCACCCGGCACAGCUGGCCAAGACCUCCUUGGCCCCCAUCAUCGUUUUUGUCAAAGUAUCCUCACCAAAGGUCCUCCAACGUCUCAUCCGCUCCCGGGGGAAGUCACAGAUGAAGCACCUGACUGUACAGAUGAUGGCGUAUGACAAGCUGGUUCAGUGCCCACCGGAGUCGUUUGAUGUGAUUCUGGAUGAGAACCAGCUGGAGGAUGCGUGUGAGCACCUGGCUGAGUACCUCGAGGUUUACUGGAGAGCCACCCACCACCCAGCCCCCGGCCCUGGACUUUUGGGCCCUCCCAGUGCCAUCCCCGGACUUCAGAACCAGCAGCUGCUGGGGGAGCGCGGCGAGGAGCACUCGCCGCUGGAGCGGGACAGCUUGAUGCCCUCAGACGAGGCCAGCGAGAGCUCCCGCCAAGCCUGGACGGGGUCUUCGCAGCGUAGCUCCCGCCACCUGGAGGAGGACUAUGCAGACGCCUACCAGGACCUGUACCAGCCUCACCGCCAACACACCUCGGGGCUGCCUAGUGCUAACGGGCACGACCCACAAGACCGGCUCCUAGCCCAGGACUCGGAGCACAACCACAAUGACCGGAACUGGCAGCGCAACCGACCCUGGCCCAAGGACAGCUACUGACAGCCACCCGCCGCCCUGCCUUGGCAGGCACAGGCACAGCUGGCUGGGGCGCCCGCUCCAGGCAGGUUGGAGUUAGACUGGCGUUCGGCUGGCACUAGGCUCAGCCCCCACAACCCUCUGCCCAGCCCCAGCUCCAGGGCUGCCUGUGGUCCCGAGGUUCUGGGAGAAGCAGGGAGCCCCCUUACCUCCCGGGCACAGUGACCCCCAUAGGCUCCCAUUCCAGGUACUAGCUGUGUGUGCUGCACCCCUGGCGCCUUCCUCUCCUGCACAAGAAGCUGCCCCACCGGCAGUGCCCUCAGGCCAGGAUCCCCUCAGCAGGGGCCUUCCCACCAGACUCAGGGAAGGGAUGCCCCCUCAGAGUGACAAGAGGGUGGGUGUGGGCAGCAUGGUGUGAGGAAGAAAUGAGGCCCUUGCACAGGCACAAGUCCUAACAGGCAAGCCACUCAGGGGUUGUGCUUUGGGGUCUGAGGUCCUCCACUCACCUCACUGCCACACGUUAGAAGUGAGACAAUCAAAGCCCAACAGGGUGGCACUCCCGUCCAUCAGCUGGCGUGGGGCAUCUACACACAAGGCUGGAACAGCAGGCAGGCUAGGCCGGGGUCAGAGGCCUCACAGCUGAGGCUCCUGAAGGAAAGGGUUCUCCUCGCCUGUCGGGAAAGCUUCUCAACAUGUGACAGGACCAGAGACCGUAACAUGGUCAACCCGAAUGGCAGACAGGAGCCAACCUGGACUGGGGGGUUGGGAAGGGAGAGUGUGUAUAGCAGAGGACAUAUGAAACAGCUACAGGGGCCGCCUUGCCCCCCUCAUUUUUUGCUCUUGCAUCCUGUCAUUUCUGUUCUUGGCCCUCAUGCCUCCCGGGGAACAGGGCCCCGACUUUAUUCGCUGAUUCAUAGCUGCUGCUUGUUAAGUUAGGGUUAGGUGGGGAGAGAUAGGACACAGCGGACAGCCCCCAGCGGCCCUGUCUACCUGACUACCCUUGCCUUAUGGCUCUAGCGUGUGACCUACAGAGCAUGUUCCACAAGACCCCCACCUCACUGUCAUCUCUAAUAAACACCAUGCACAGUC